AUGGCUUUAGAUUUGGAAUCUCUAGAAAACGACAUAAGUUACGCUCGUUCUACGGAUUCUAUAGAUUCGAAUGCUCCUUUAUUAGGAGCGGAAGAGAUUUCUCGGGUUUCACGUCAUGAAGAAAGCGCUUCAGGUUCAAACUGGGCUGCAUAUUUGAACAUUACUUGUGUAGUGGCAGGAACUGGGAUAUUAGGUCUACCGUAUGCUAUUAAGCAGAGCGGUUGGGUAGGUUUAAGUCUAAUCGUCUUAUCCAUGGUGAUAUCAUUAUACACGAGCAUUAUCCUAAUCAAGUGUCUUUAUUAUAAUAAUAAAACUCGAUUGCGCUCCUACGAAGAUAUAGGAUAUCAUGCCUACGGGAAUUUUGGAAAAUAUUUUUUGGUUGGUAUCUUUAACAAUACGAUUCUCCUGGGAGUUCCAGUAUUGUUCCUCAUACUUGCCGGACAAAACCUUGACGCAAUAUUCGAACAUUACUGGAACGUCCAAUUGGGGGUACGCGUGUGGAUUUGCAUUUCUUCAGCACUUGUCGCCUUACCAUUUAUAUUCACGAAGACUAUGAAAGAGAUGAUUCUUUUAAGUUUUUUUGGUGCUUUUGCCACAUUCUUUUGCGUCAUUGCUAUUGUGGUGCUCUCCUUUGAAGAUCUACCUGAAGUCUAUAAAUCGAAAAACCCACCUACCCAUAGCUUAAUAUCAUUAUCGGAAUUUCCCAUUGCACUUGCUACCAUUUCUUUUUCAUAUGGUGGUAAUAGCGUUUUUCCUCAAAUCGAAGAAAGUAUGGAUCGACGAAAAGACUGGAACAAAGUUGUUGCUGCAGCUAUGGCCACAUGUGCAAUCAUGUAUACGUUAGUCUCCUUCACGGGAUAUUUUGUUUAUGGCGAUAGUUCGUUGAGCCCCAUUUUCAACAAUUUACCUCAAGGCCCACUUUUGACCAUAGCAUCCCUCUUCGUCACCGUUCACGUGCUUUUUACGGCGCCAAUUCUUUUAAUAUCUUUUGCUAUCGAGACGGAGAAGGUUUUAAAAAUUACGCAAGAAUAUCAUUCUGAGACGGUUGAAUUACUUUUACGUGCGAUAUUUCGUACUUUUCUUAUGGUCGCGGUAACUGCCACCGCUGUUUUUGUGCCCUUCUUUGGAGAUUUGAUGUCUCUCUUGGGUGCAUUGGCAAUGUGUCUCCUCGUUUUUAUUCUUCCAGUAGUAUUUUAUAUAAAGUUAUAUGGAUUUGAAAGGAUAUCUUACUUGGAAUUAGUGUGGGGUGCAUUUGUGAUGUUGAUUGGGAUGAUCGGCUGCGUGAUCGGGACUAUUGAUGCACUCCGAGCAUUAAUUAGGGACUUUCACGAGUUGUGA